AUGCGCAGCAAACAUAGUAUCCAGUUACAACGAGAAAACGUUGGCACAUAUGACUUCAUCAUUGUCGGCGGUGGAACGGCUGGUUUGACUUUGGCAAAUCGUCUUACAGAAAAUGGAAUACAUUCCGUUCUCGUUCUCGAGGCUGGCGCAGCGCCAGAUGAGGUCAAAUCAUAUCAGGUGCCUGGUGCAGACCUCCAAGCCCUAGGCUCUCCUAUCGACUGGGCAUUUGGCACGCUUCCACAGCCUGGCCUGAACGGGCGACAGCUCACCUACAAUCAAGGACGGUGCCUCGGCGGUAGUUCCGCUAUCAAUGGACUCGCAUACACGAGAGGCUCGUCAAGCAUUUACGAUUUUUGGGCUUCACUAGGGAACAAGGGGUGGAGCUGGGAAGAGGUCUUUCCUUACUUUAAGAAGUCUACAACGUUCAAUGCACCAACUAUCAAUAACGUUUCUGCCUUAACCUACGACGUCUCGAUAUACUCAGACGGCCCGCUACAACUCGCCUACCCCCCCUAUGUGUACGCAUAUCCUGGAAGUGAGGCAUUCAUCGAGUCGGUCUCUACUUUAGGAGUGCCACAAGUCGAGGAGUUGAACGGCGGCACCAACGUUGGUACAAAGCAUGAACCGUAUACCCAAGAUGCGAAAGCUCGCCGCAGCUCGAGUUACGACAGUUUCUAUAUGCAAGCCAAGAACCGCUCGAACCUCGAGGUCCUUACGAUGUCACCAGUGCAGCAGGUUAUCCUUCAGAAAAGUAGUAAUGGUGUGAUCGCGACCGGAGUUGUGUACACUGACUAUGCGACGGGCCAGACGUUGAAUGCGACAGCCACUAAGGAAGUUAUUGUGAGCGCAGGUGCGAUCAAAACUCCUCAGUUACUCAUGCUAUCGGGUAUAGGAUCUACUAAGGAUCUUGCCAGUGCUGGGAUCCAGCAGCAGAUUGUCAAUGAAAACGUUGGUAAAAACCUGCAAGACCAUAUUUACUUUAGCAUCAUCGCAGAAGCUGAUGCAUCGAUAUCCUACUCGUCACUCUAUCACGACUAUUCCAAACUUCAACAAGCAUCGAAAGAGUACGAACAAGGUACAGGGCCUCUCACGGCUCCCGUUGGCCUGGCGUUUGGCUUCGAGAAGGUCUCUUCUGAAACUCUCGCCAGCAUUGGUGCUUCAGCCAUUACGACACAGGGCCGCUCUGACCAAGCCCACAUUGAGUAUCUCUAUGAAACCAACUAUUAUCCAAACCUUCCAACGCCGCACUACUCGAGCAAAGAGUAUAACACCUCUUACGUCAGCUUCACUGCUGCAAUCUUAGCACCGACGUCCAGAGGAAAGGUGUCAGUACUAAGCAAUAGCCUUUCCGAUCCUCCGCAAAUCGAUCCUCAAUACUACACUACGCCCGAAGACGUCGCCCUGGCCCUACACUCUUUCAAGCAGCUCCGCAGCGCCCUUGCAACUUACGCUCAACACAACUUCACCAUCGGUCUCAACAAUGGCGAAGUGGCUCCUGGCGCGGAAGUCCAGACAGACGAGGAAAUUCUUGACUAUAUCCGGGAGACGGCCGUGCCAGUGUGGCAUGCGUCAGGCACGUGUGCAAUGCGUCCGAGGGAAGAGGGGGGCGUUGUGGAUAAUAAACUUAGGGUCUAUGGCGUACAGGGAUUGAGAGUUGUGGAUGCGAGUGUGUUUCCGGUUAUUCCAGAUGCGCACACGGUUGCGGGCGUGUAUAUGGUUGCUGAGAUGGCGGCGGACAUCAUUAAGGCUGAAUACGCUUGA